AUGGAGAAGCAGGGAAACAUCGGCUACAUAAGUUCGAUGAGGGAAGGACGGAGGAGAACAAAGAUCAGGAUUCGUAAUAAAAGUUUCUUGCUUCGACGUCGUAACGAGUAUGGCACCUUCACAUGGAGUGAAGGCCGUAUGACCAAGACCACAUCUUUGUACCGUGAAAUGUCUGCUCGCGUGUGUCUAAGGUUGGCACUGGACGAGUACUCUGAUCUCAAGAGCAAAGGAAUGCUUAGGUGGAAGGCUUACAAAAAAAAUCGCGUGAGCAUCAACACCGCAUUACGGACCAUCGGGGAGGCCAUUAUGAGAUUAAGAAAACGUCGUGUGGAGGCCGGGCUAUUCUACUUGGUGCCACAAGCAGAUAGGGCCGCGAUACAAGUCCGCACCCACUUAUUCAGUAUGCCUUUGAAAGAGGCGCUAAGAAAACGACGCCUAGAACUCAAAAAGAGGAAGCAACUCCUGGACGCAUACAAUAAUUCUCAAAAAUCUACCGCCUACAGCAACGCCGUCUCCCUAAUGCGAGCAUCAGUAAAGAGAAUUUUGUUCUAUACUCUAUCCUCCGUUGUAUUAGGUUGUGCGAUAGUAUUCUUUUGA